AGUAUCCUGUACCGUAGAAGAAGAAGAUGCUUACAGAGGACUUCCUGGAUGCUCGUUUGUGGAUGUAAACAGAGAAAUGUCGCAGUCUCCAGACAGCAGGAGCCUUUUAUCCGCUUCUUCCCAGCUCAACCUGAUGGAAGUAGAGUCGAUUGACGAUAAGGAGUUCGACAUUCCCCAAGUGGACACCCCCCCCACACUGGAGAGCAUCCUGAGUCAGAUGGAGGAAGAGGAGGAGCCUUUUGUUCUGGAGGACACCUGCCUUUUAAACACGGACAACAUGGACGCUCAGUCCUACGACACGUCCUCCUUAGCCAGCUCUGACAGCGGUGACCCGGCACACCUCAAACGGAAGAGAAGGACUCUGGAUCAGAACGCAGCGGUUCACGGCUCGGUCCUCCGCCUCAGCCUGCUGAAGGGCAUCUCCGCUCAGAUAGUUGCUGCUGCUGACAAAGUGGAUGCUGGGCUGCCCACUGCAAUAGCCAUGUCUGGUGUUAUUGCUGUAGGAACAUCUCAUGGUCUUGUCCUGGUGUUUGACACCAACCAGGCUCUGCGGCUCUGUCUGGGCAGCAAGACAACCGGAGCGGAGUUCGGCGCCGUCUCGGCUCUUAGCAUCAACCACGACUGCUCACGUGUGCUGUGUGGCUUUGCCAAGGGUCAGAUUACAAUGUGGGAUCUCGCCAACGGAAAGCUUCUGAGGACCAUCACUGAUGCCCAUCCUCCAGGGACGGCCAUACUGCAUGUGAAGUUCACAGAUGACCCAACUCUGGCCGUGUGCAACGACAGUGGAGGGUCUGUGUUCGAGCUGACCUUCAGGAGAGUGAUGGGGAUGCGCUCGUGCGACUCACGGUGUCUCUUCAGCGGCUCUAAAGGAGAGGUGUGCUGUAUAGAACCACUGCGGACUCCUCCAGACUUCAGAGACCACCCCAUCACAUGCUACUCUCUCCUAGCUAUGGCUUCCCUGACCAAGAUUCUGAUCAUUGGACUCAAGCCCACUCUGAAUGUGUGGAUGACUCUUCCCUACACUAAGUCUGAUCCCAGCAGCGUGCCCCAGCUGGCCUGGCAGUUUGUUCCUGUCCAGAAGACGGUCAACCCCAUGCUGGCCUUUUGUAAAGGAGACUCAGUCCACUUCCUGCUGGUGAAGAAAGAGGAGACGGGCACCAUCCAUGUGAUCAAGCAGAGGCAGCUGCAUCUGAGCUGUGACAUCAUCAGCCUGAACUGGAUCAACAGCUGCAGCCUGGUGCUGCUGGACAGCCAUGAGAAGCUGCACGUAGUGGACCGGCCCACUCAGGACGUCCUGGAGACGCUGGACCUGGAGCAGGUGCAGCUGGUCUACAACAGCCGGCACUUCAAGUCCCUGGCAACCGGAGGGAACGUCUCCCAGGCUCUGGCGCUGGUUGGAGAAAAGGCCUGCUACCAGUCACUGUCAAGCUAUGCAGGACAGAUCGUCUGCCUGGGGACCAAGUCAGCUCACAUUAUGUCCCUAAGGAACUGGAAAGAGCGUCUGGACUGUUUACUAAAGCAAGAGCAUUUCACUGAGGCUCUGUCUCUGGCCUGGUCCUUCCAUGAAGGCACCGCCAGGGCUGUGGUUGGGCUGCAUGGAGAUUCACAGAAAAGGAAGGCGGUUAUCAGUGACAAGAUGGUAGAGAUUCUUCUCCAUUUUACAGAGUACGCUGUGAAGAAAUGCCCAGAACAGGGCAAGCUGCAGGUCAUGGAGCAGCAUUUCCAGGAAGUGGUGCCAGUCCUGGUGGAUUAUUGCCUCCUGCUGCAGAAGGCUGACCUGCUGUUCAACCAGCUGUACUCUCGGCUGGUGGAGAACAUGGUUGCUAAGGGCGUCUUCCUGGAGUCACUGGAGUCGUACAUCAUCGCCAACCGGCUUGGUCACAUCACUACGCCUGUUAUGAAGGACCUCCUGGCACAUUACCAUGACAACGGUAUGAUGGACAGCCUGGAGAGAUGCAUUGUCCAUCUGGAUGUUACCAGUCUGGACAUACAACAGGUGGUCCAGGUGUGUUGGAACAACCAGCUCUAUGAUGCAGUGAUCUAUAUUUUCAACCGAGGCAUGAAUGACUACAUUACUCCAAUGGAGAAACUCUUUUCAGUGAUUGGUCCUAGAGUCAGAGAGGGGCGGAGUCUAACAGGUGAUGAUGUGGUGAUGGGGAAUAAAUUACUAGUUUAUAUAAGCUGCUGUCUUGCUGGAAGAGCCUAUCCGAUCGGAGACAUCCCUGAAGAUCUGGUUGUCCAGGUCAAAUACCAGGUGUUUGAGUUCCUGAUCCGUCUCCAUUCAGGCGACUCCUCACAGAAGGAGGAAGUCUUCCCGUUUAUUCACACACUCCUCCACUUUGACACUCGGGAGUUCCUCAAUGUUCUUGCCAUGACGUUUGAUGAUGUCCAGAACGACAAGCAGGCCCUGGAGUACCAGCAGAGGAUAGUGGACAUCUUACUUCAGGUAAUGGUGGACAACCCUGACUUCACUCCCUCCCAAGUCGGCGGUCUCUUCACCUUCCUGGCUCGGCAGCUGGCCAAGCCAAACAACACGCUGUUUGUGAACAGGAACCUUUUUGAUCAGGUGCUGGAGUUCCUGUGUUGCCCUGACGAUGACUCUCGACAUACUGAACGGCAGCAGGUUCUGCUGGAGCUGCUGCAGGUCGGGGGUGUGGUCCAGUUCAACGAAGAACGGCUCUUCACGCUGGCAGAGAAAGCCAAGUUCUACCAGAUCUGUGAGUUCCUUUAUGAGAAAAAGCAUCUGUAUGACCGCAUCGUGGACUGCUACUUACAGGACCCACUUCGAAAGGCAGAAAUCUUCAGCUACAUCCACAACCUGAUGUCCAUGCCGGGCUACAGCUCUGAGGAGAAGCUGAAGGUCAAGGAGAAGGUUCUGCAGCACAUGCAGGAGCUGGUGAGCCUGGAUCCUGGUAAAUUAGCUGACCUGGUGGUGUGGCACUUCACAGAGGAGGUGCAGACCAUCAUCUCUGAGCUGCAGGACGACAGUCUACUUUUCCAAUUCCUCCGCUGUCUCCUGGAGUCUCAGGAAGGAUCUCAGUCCGCGUCCCGGCUGCCUCUGGAGUCUGAAUUUUAUGAGCUUUUGCUGGACCUGAUGUGCCGCUUUGAACCGCAGGAGCUUUUGAAGUUCCUCCACACCUCCCAACAUUACAGGCUUGAGGAGGCCAUACAGAUAACAGAGAAGUACCACUGUAAUGAAGCCAAGGCUUAUCUGCUGGAAAAGAAGGGAGAUAUUCCUGGAGCAUUUGCUGGAUUGCUGCAGACCCUGAAGGAAAGCCUGGAUGUCCUCGCUGCAGAGAUGAGCGACGGCUUUGGAGGAGGAGUUGACGGACGGGACGAAGAGGAGGCGGACGGUGAAUUCACACUGACGACAGUGAAGAGUUCACUCAACCAAAUGAUUCUCUUCUGUCAUCGAAACUGUCAGAAUCUUGAUCAAGAGCAAAGGAAGGAUCUGUGGUUUCCACUCCUGGACACCAUGAUGGCCUCUCAGAAGGAAGUCAUGGGGCUCAGCGAUAAACACAUCUCGGAUGGGCUGAAGGAGAUGACCCUGAAGGUUCUCAACUGUAUGAGCAGCUUUAUUUCACUUCCUGCCAUCAUUCAGCAGAUCCUACAGGAUCCAGUUUAUGGAAGAGGAAAGCUGGCGGAGAUCCAGGGACUCAUUCUGGGCAUGCUGGACACGUUCACCUAUGAACAGACUCUGCUUGAAACAACAACAAAUCUGCUGAACCACGACCUCCACUGGUCCCUGGCACACCUCCGCUCCGCUGUCACCAGAGGGCUUCAUCCCCGUCAGGACUGCUGCAACAUCUGCCUGCAGCACUACAAGAGGAAGCAGGACGUGACCGAGGAGAUCAUCGUGUUCAGCUGCGGCCACCUGUACCACCUGCAGUGCCUGCAGCAGAAGGACUGUGGGUGGGGCGUGGCCUCAGAGCCGCAGCAGCCGUGGAGGUGCUACAAGUGCUCCUCCAGCCAUGGAGGAAGGGGCGGGGCUUGUUCUGAGCCAAACAGAAGCCGCAGCGCGUCUCUCGCCCAGACUCGAUUUUCAUCAGGACAUUAUGAGAAAGGAGCUGAGACUCACAGGAAGAAGGUGGUUGCUGUGGCAACAUUGGAUGUGCAGCAGGAACUCUCCUGGGAUCACUUGCGAGGGCUGUACAGGGGACCGUCCAGGCUGUCCAUCCUCUCCGAGGUUUCGCACGGCCAAAGCAGCGAGAAAGCAGGCUUCCUGCUUCCAGCCCAGCCGGAGAGUUUCCACCUGAAGCUCGCUCCUCCUCCUCUGUUUGAGGAGUAGCUCCUCCAGGACCUGCUUCCGUUUCCGGUCGUCCCUCAUUAUUUUUACCAUCCUGGAGCAUUAAAACAUCAACAUAGCUAACAUAUUUUUGUUUGUUAUUGUUCUCCCACUACUGUUACUUAAUUCUCUUCAUUUCAUCUAUUCAUCACCUUCACGGUGUUUAAUGAUGGAUAGAAAUAUCAGAAAGGGGAGCAGCAGCCAAUGUGAUAAUGAUAAAACUUAAGCUGACGUUAGCAUUUUAGCUAAUUUGAGCUUUAACGUGGAUAUGUUACACACUCUGCCUGCCAGUGUUUCUGUAGAAAUGUGUCGUUUGAUAUCUUUAGCGGUGAGAUCAGUGAAUUAUGGUGUCUAACUUCUAACUGUGCUUUGGUACCUGAAGCAGAAACACAAACAUGUUUGUGAUUUUUGUAAUAAAACAUUGUGCAGUAUUUCA